AAAUUGCAAGCUGGCGGUCGACCGGUCCGACACGGCGUUCCAAUAUCCACUUUUCUCAGUUCGACAAGAAACCCAUUACUUUAGUAUCAACGCAGAUUUUUGCAAUCUUCCAUUGUAGAAUAUUCGUGGGAAUCGUUUUUGGUACGGAGUUAUCUUGGUGCAUUCAGUUUGCAAACGUGUAAAGUCAAAUCACCAUGCCUCUGCCAAAGACAGAUGAAUAUUCAGAUGUGCAGGUUUACUUCACAGCCAAUGAAUGGGAAGAUAUCAGUGAUUAUGAGAGGAUUUGUAUCCAGAAUGUCAAGGAAAACUAUGAGAUGAUGAUACAAGUUGGGGUACAGGUCAACCCACCAAUGUUCAUGCAGCGUCAGCAAGGAAUUCAUAAAGAGAUAAUUGAGGAAAGUGAGGAUAAGGGGACAGAAAAAAGAGGGUCUUCUGACAUUCAUAAUCAACAGGGAAAUACAUGUCAUACAGAGAAGAAUGAGUUACAAAAAGAGAAUUUGAAUACAUUCACUAUAAAAGUAGAGACCGAGUUUGAUGAUGAUGGCAAUCUGCUAGGUGAGGCUAAUCACGAUGCAGAAGGGAAAAUUACUGAUCUUGAAUGGAAGAACUAUGAUGAAAUUACCCAGACACAAACCAAUCCGAUAUUAUCAGGUGAUCAGAGGACCAAAUCAGGUGAUCUCGUCUCUCCAUCGUGUGACCAGAAGGCAGAAAUAUGUGAGGCUAAUCACAAUGCGGAAGGGAAAAUCAAUAAUCUGGGAUGGAAGAACUAUGCUGAAGUUACCCAGACACAAACCAAUCCAAUAUCAUCAGGUGAUCAGAGGAGCAAGUCAGGUGAUCUCAUUAUUCUGUCAUGUGAUCAGAAGGCAGAAGAAGCUUCAGGAGGCAGCCAGACUCCAACCCAAUUCCAAUCCAUAUAUGAAAAGGAUUCUGGAAUCUACAGAUGCGAGUAUUGUGGAUCAGUCUAUGCUAUUCCUCUCAUCUUAGCAAGGCAUCUCAAGUACAAACAUGGGCUUAAUGGUGUUGUCUUGCCAUCAUAUGCGUCAAAGGAAAGCAUUCUACAGUUUGUUGAAGGAGAAAUACGAAAAUCUAUGUGUGAAAUUAAUGAUUUUACUCAUGGUGAAAAGGGAAUUUUGAAAACAAGAAAUUGGGAAAGUAUGAUACUUGAAUCACAUCUUAAAACACAUAAACGAAUCCAUACAGAUGAGAAACCGUUUGUAUGUGUUCAAUGUGGUAGGAUGUUUAGUCAAAAAGGUAGCCUCACAAUCCAUAAACUAACUCAUACAGGUGAGAAGCCCUUUGAGUGUGAUCUGUGUGGUAAGGCAUUAAGUGAUAGAAGUACACUGAGAAGACACAAGCAGAUCCAUACAGGUGAGAAGCCAUAUGUUUGUGAUCAGUGUGGCAAGGCAUUUAAUCGUAACUAUACUCUUACAAUACAUAAAAGACUCCAUACUUGUGAGAAUCUCUCUGUAUGCGAUCAAUAUGGUAAGGCGUUUUAUGAAAAAAUCAAUCUCAUAGUGCACAAACGUAUCCAUACAGGUGAGAAGCCCUAUGUAUGUGAUCAGUGUGGUAAGGAAUUUAAUCAUGAAUAUAAUCUUACAUUACAUAAAAGAGUCCAUACUGGUGAGAGGCCCUUUGUAUGUGAUCAUUGUGGUAUGGCAUUUAAAGAAAAAAAUAAUCUCAUAGUACACAAAAGUAUCCAUACAUGUGAGAAGCCCUAUCAUUGUGAUCAAUGUGGUAAGGCAUUUAAGCUUAAAUCUCAUGUUAAAACACAUGAACGCAUCCAUACAGGUGAGAAGCCCUAUGUAUGUGAUCAAUGUGGGAAGGCUUUUAGUCAAAUACGAGAUCUCACGAGACAUAAACGAGUCCAUACAGGUGAGAAGCCCUAUGUUUGUGAUCAGUGUGGUAAGGCAUUCAGUGUUAGAAGUUCAUUGAGAACACACAUGCGAAUCCAUACAGGUGAGAAACCCUUUGUAUGUGUUCAAUGUGGUAGGAUGUUUAAUCAAAAAGGUAGCCUCACAACCCAUAAACGAGUCCAUGCUGGUGAGAAGCCCUUUGAGUGUGAUCAGUGUGGUAAGGCAUUUAAUCAAGAAUCUUGUCUCAAAACACAUAAACGCAUCCAUGCAGGUGAGAAGCCCUAUGUAUGUGAUCAAUGUGGUCAUGCAUUUAAUCAAUCUAAUGAUCUCACAAAUCAUAAACGAAUCCAUACAGGUGAGAAACCCUUUGUAUGUGAUCAAUGUGGUAAGGUGUUUAGUCGAAAAGGUACCCUCAGAAGACAUAAACGAGUCCAUACUGGUGAGAAGCCCUAUGAGUGUGAUCAGUGUGGUAAGGCAUUUACUGAUGGAAGUUCAUUGAGAACACACAAACGGUUCCAUACAGGUGAGAAGCCCUAUCUUUGUGAUCAAUGUGGUAAGGCAUUUAAUCAUGAAUGUACUCUUACAAUACAUAAAAGAGUCCAUACUGGUGAAAAGCCCUAUGUAUGUGAUCAUUGUGGUAAGGCAUUUAAAGGAAAAAACAAUCUCAUAGUACACAAAAGUAUCCAUACAGGUGAGAAGCCCUAUCAUUGUGAUCAAUGUGGUAAGGCAUUUAAGCUUAAAUCUCAUGUUAAAACACAUGAACGCAUCCAUACAGGUGAGAAGCCCUGUGUAUGUGAUCAAUGUGGGAAGGCUUUUAGUCAAAUACGAGAUCUCACUAGACAUAAACGAAUCCAUACAGGUGAGAAACCCUUUGUAUGUGAUCAAUGUGGUAUGGUGUUUAGUCGAAAAAGUAGCCUCAGAAGACAUAAACGAGUCCAUACUGGUGAGAAGCCCCAUGUAUGUGAUCAGUGUGGUAAAGAAUUUAAUCAUAAAUCUCAUCUUAAAACACAUAAACGCAUACACACAGGUGAAACGCCCUAUGUAUGUAAUCUAUGUGGUGAGGCAUUCAAUCAAAUACAACAGCUCACUGCACAUAAACAAACUCAUACAGGUAAAAAGCCCUUCAUAUGUGAUCAAUAUGGUAAGGCAUGUUAUGAAUAGUCAAAUCUUACAGUACACAAACGUAUCCAUACAGGUGAGAAGCCCUAUCUAUGUGAUCAAUGUGGUACGGCAUUUAACCCUAUCUAGGCCGGGGUAUUUUGGGAGUUCAUAUGG